CAGCCUUGAGGCAUCCCGUUUCAACUCCUCAGCUUCCAGUAAGAGGGGUGGGGGGGUAUUUAAGAGCGCUAGGUAGGAGUGGGGUCUGACCGCAGAGUCUACUGUUUAAGAGAAAGGGAAUUCUCCCUCCGUCUCUCUUUCACUCAGUCCCUAGAUCUCCUGGCUGCUCUCUCUCUCUCUCUCUCCCCUCUCACUGGCUACAGCAUCAGCAGGCUGGCUCUCUAGGUGGCAGGAAUAGAGUGACUGAGAGAAAGAGAGGAAAAUGACAUAACUGUCAUUGCUUUAGAAGGCAAAGACACAGACCCACAAGAACAUUUGUUUUAUUUGAGCCCAACUCUACUACAUUGAUUUAGCUCCAGUGGAGAGAUUCUGUGAAUUCAGUAGAAGGACACAAGGGCGUCUUCGCCAUCUCCCAGAUAGAACGACUCCAUUCUCCUGACAGAUCACAAGCUCUCCCAGCAGGACUUGACAGGACCUGGCCAUUAUGGUGAUGAAAGGCCUGCUCCUAGGCUGUGUGACCGUGACCGUGUUGCUCCAGCUCUCCAGCGCCGGCCUGGUCAAGAAGAUCAUCCGCCACCGCAGAGAGACCCUGAGAGACCCCUCUGAGAACAUGACCCUGCCCCACCCUGACCAGCCAGUGGUCUUCAACCACAUCUACAACAUCAAUGUCCCCUCCAGCUCCCUGUGUUCCGUAGAUGUGGAGAGCCCCGGAGGAACUGAGAUCAAGCCCAAAGGAAGUCCAGUCCAGUCGGACAUGCAGACCACAGAGCACCUGGAGCACACGGUGGACGGGGAGAACCAGAUCGUGUUCACCCACCGCAUCAACAUUCCCAAGCAGGCGUGCGGCUGUGACAACCACAUGCACGACAUGAAGGACAUCCUGAGCAGGCUGGAGAUGCUGGAGUCUGAGCUGUCCAGCCUCAGAGAACAGUGUGGCAGUGGAACCAGCUGCUGUGGAGCUCAGAUUACAGGUGAGGUGGCCACCAAGCCUUACUGUAACGGCCGUGGUAACUUCAGCACUGAGACCUGCAGCUGUGUGUGUGAGCCCGGCUGGAAGGGACCCAACUGCACCGAGCCUGAGUGCCCCAACUUCUGCCAGGACCAGGGGCGCUGCAUCGACGGCAAGUGUGUCUGCUUCGAGGGCUUCGAUGGAGAUGACUGCAGCAUGGAGCUGUGUCAGGUGGACUGUGGGGACAACGGGGAGUGCAUCGACGCCAUGUGUAUCUGUGAGGAAGGCUUCACAGGGAACGACUGCUCCCAGACCAACUGCCUGAACAACUGCCUGGGGCGAGGCCGCUGCGUGGAUGAUGAGUGUGUGUGUGACGAGCCGUGGACGGGCUACGACUGCUCCGAGCUCAUCUGUCCCAACGACUGCUACGACCGCGGCCGCUGCGUCAACGGAACCUGCUUCUGCGAGGAGGGCUUUACCGGAGUGGACUGUGGAGAGCCUAUCUGCCCCAGCAACUGUAACAACCGCGGGGUGUGCGUCAAUGGCCAGUGUGUGUGUCACUCCGGCUACAGCGGGGAAGACUGCUCCAAGCUCACCUGCCCCAACGAUUGUACUGAGAGAGGCCACUGUUUCAACGGGAGGUGCAUCUGCGACCCAGGCUUCGAGGGAGUGGACUGUUCCAUUUUGUCCUGCCCAGACAACUGCAGCAACAGAGGCCAGUGUGUCAAUGGAGAGUGUGUCUGCAAUGCAGGAUUCGAGGGCGAGGACUGCUCUGAAAUCUCCUGCCCUAUGAAGUGUCUGAACCAAGGGAGCUGUGUGAACGGACAGUGUGUGUGCAGUAAAGGCUUCGCGGGGGAUGACUGCAGCAUCAAGACCUGCCCCAAAGACUGCCUGGGACACGGCGAGUGUGUUGACGGCAAGUGUGUGUGCUUUGUGGGCUUCACAGGCAAAGAAUGCAGCGAGCUGACUUGUCCCAACAACUGUCUGAACCGUGGCCACUGUGUCAAUGGCCAGUGUGUGUGCAACCAGGGCUUUGCUGGGGAGGACUGCAAUGAGAAGACGUGUCCCAAUAACUGCCUGGAGAGGGGUUACUGCGUGGAUGGGAAGUGUGUGUGCUUCGAGGGGUUCCAGGGCCUGGACUGUUCUCUGCUGACCUGUCCAGGAGACUGCGAGGACCAGGGGAAAUGUAUGAACGGAGUGUGUCUGUGUAACGAGGGCUUCAUCGGAGAAGACUGCUCUGAGGUGUCUCCACCCAAGGACCUGACAGUGCUAGAGGUCACCCCGGAGACAGUCGACCUCUCCUGGGUUAAUGAGAUGCAGGUGUCAGAGUACCUGGUCACCUAUGUGCCAACCGCCCUUGGAGGCCUGGAGCUGGACAUGCGUGUGCCUGGGGACAAGAAGACUGCCACCAUCAGUGAGCUGGAGCCUGGUGUGGAGUACGUGAUCAGUGUCUUCGCUGUCCUCAACAACAAGAGGAGUGUCCCUGUCAGUGCCAGAGUGGCAACACAUCUCCCUGAGCCUGAGGGACUCAAGUUCACAUCAGUGAAGGAGACUGCAGUAGAGGUUCAGUGGGACCCUUUGGACAUCCCCUUUGAUGGCUGGAACCUCAUCUUCAGAAACACUAAAGAGGACAACGGGGAAAUUCUGAACUCCCUGGGCAGCCCUGACACCAUGUUUGAGCAGUCUGGGCUGGGACCUGGUCAGGAGUACGAGGUCAAACUGGAGGUGGUGAAGAACAACACCAGCGGACGCCCAGCACGCAAGAACGUUUUCACAAAGAUCGAUUCGCCCAGAGAGGUGGAUGUGCGUGACGUAACGGACACCACAGCGCUGGUGACCUGGUUUCUGCCGGUGGCCAUGGUGGACGGGGUGAGCGUGACCUACGGGCCCAACGACAACCCCUCAGACAGGAACACAGUGGAGUUGUCCUCCAGCGACACACAGUACCACCUGGGCAGCCUGAACCCUGACACAGAGUAUGAGGUGUCUCUCAUGGCCAAGAGGGGAGAGAUGACUAGUGUGCCUGUGUCUGAGAACUUCCUAACAGACCUGGAUGCCCCGGGGGAUCUGCAGGCGGUAGAGCAGACUGACGAGAGCAUCACUCUGGAGUGGAAGAACAGCCAGGCUAAAGUAGACAACUACCGCAUCAAAUACGGCCCCCUCUCUGGAGGAGACCACAGGGAGCUGCUGUUCCCUACCGGGCCCCUGGACACCACCCAGGCCAAGAUCACUGGCCUGAGACCUGGGACAGAGUAUGGGAUGGGAGUGACUGCUGUGAAGAGUGAGCGUGAGAGCCUUCCUACCACCACCAACGCCGUUACAGCAUUGGAUGCACCUAAAAACCUUGAGGUGGAGUCUUCCACUGAGACUCAGUUGGUGCUGGUGUGGCAGAAGCCGGUGGCUAAGAUCGACAAGUACAAGUUGCUAUAUGUGUCAGCCGACGGGUACAGGGCUGAGUUGACGCCCUUCUCCAAUGACAUCAAGUUCACCCUGAGGAACCUGACGCCUGGCAUGCUGUACACUAUAACCCUGACCGCUGAGAGGGGACACAAGCAGAGUGGCCCCGCAACCAUCUCAGCAGCAACAGAAGCUGAACCCAUCGUGGAAUAUCUCUUGGUCUCCGACAUCACACCAGACAGCUGUAAACUGGCCUGGUCAGCUGAAGAGGACCUCUUUGAUAGUUUUGUCAUUAUGAUCAAUGAUACUAACGACGACCUCGCUUCUCCGCAAGAGGUGGUGGUGCCCGGGGAGGAGAGAACAACAGUGCUUACUGAGCUAACUGAGGACACAGAGUACAAAAUUGAGCUCUAUGGAGUCAUUUCGGGACAGCUCUCCAAUUCUAUUUCCGUGGUGGCAAAAACAGGGCUGGGCACACCCACGGGCAUCCGCUUCUCUGAAGUCACUGAUACCUCUGCCACCGUACACUGGGCAAUCCCCAGAGCUCGAGUGGACAGCUACCGGGUCACUUAUGUCGCUGCUCAGGGAGGCGCUCCCAAGACUGUGACAGUGGGUGGAACUGAGACUCAGACCGUGCUGCCAAACCUGACCCCUGGAGUUACUUACCAGGUGUCCGUCGUUUCUGUGAAGGGACAGAAGGAGAGUGAGCCAGGGUCCAGCAGCGUCACCACAGCUCUGGACAAGCCCCGUGGUCUGACCGCAGUCAACAUCACUGACACUCAGGCUCUGCUCCACUGGCAGCCUGCCAUCGCCACUGUAGACGGAUAUGUCAUCACCUACAGCGCAGACACUGUUUCCCCAGUGAUGGAGAGAGUGUCUGGGAACAUUGUCGAGUUUGAGAUGAGCUCCUUGACCCCUGCCACCCACUACACUGUCAAGGUCUAUGCCAUGAGAGCGGCUGCUAAGAGCGCCGUCACCACAACUGAGUUCACCACUGAUGUGGAUGCCCCUCAGGACCUGGCAGCCAGUAACAUCCAGACAGAGAACGCCAUGUUGACUUGGAAGGCCCCGCGCGCUGACAUCACCGGCUACAUCCUCAGCUUCGAGUCAGCUGACGGCACAAUCCGGGAGGUUGUUCUGAGCCCCACAGCCACCUCCUACAACAUGGCCCAGCUGAGUGCCUCCACUGAGUACUCCGUCAGACUGCAGGCCAUCGCAGGGCCCAAGAGGAGCAGAGUCAUCACCACCGUCUUCACCACCAUUGGCGUGCUGUACAAACACCCCAGGGACUGCUCCCAGGCCUUGCUGAAUGGAGACACAGUCUCUGGCGUUCACACCAUCUACCUGGGUGGAGAUGAGAGUCAGCCCAUACAGGUCUACUGUGACAUGGACACGGAUGGAGGUGGAUGGAUUGUGUUUGUCCGACGCCAGAGCGGUAAACUGGAGUUCUUCCGCAACUGGAGGAACUACACCGCUGGCUUUGGUGACAUGAACGACGAGUUCUGGCUCGGCCUGUCAAACCUCCAUAAGAUCACAGUAGCAGGACAGUAUGAACUUCGUGUGGACCUCAGAGACAAGGGGGAUGUAGCCUACGCCCAGUAUGACAAGUUCUCUGUCUCUGAUCCCCGCAGUCGCUACAAGGUCCACGUUGGAGGCUACAGUGGCACCGCGGGUGAUUCUAUGACCUACCACCAUGGUCGCCCAUUCUCAACCUACGACCAUGACAAUGACAUCGCCGUCACAAACUGUGCCCUGUCCUACAAGGGUGCCUUCUGGUAUAAGAAUUGCCAUCGUGUCAACCUUAUGGGACGAUAUGGAGAUGACAGUCAUAGCAAGGGAGUCAACUGGUUCCAUUGGAAAGGCCACGAGCACUCCAUUGAGUUUGCUGAGAUGAAGAUCAGGCCAUCCAACUUCAGGAACUUUGAGGGAAGAAGGAAGCGAUCGUAAACCAACCGGCCAAUCCACGCUCUGACCCCUCUCCUUGUCGCUCCGCUUCGUGACCCCUGAACCCGUCCUCCAUCCUCUGCCCCUGCUGAUUCCAGGGUAGAAUUCCAAAUGGCACCCUAUUCCCUAUGUAGUGCACUACUUUACGGGCCCUCGUCAAAAGUAGUGCACUACAUAGGGAAUAGGGUGCCAUUUGGGGCACAACCCACACCUCCCUGCAGCUACCAAAGCCACUGCCAAGAGCCCAGCCACCUCAGAUUACACCCCUCCUCCUGCUCACUCACAGAAAUAAGCACAGAUCCAGUCAAAUCCACUACAAAUUCCACUAUCCAACCCCUCCUGAUACAAAAUGGUUGUGUGCAGUAUAAAUACUGUCAAAGCCAAAUUGAUGUGAAAAAAAUAUGAACUCCACAAACCAAGCCCACGCUGAUUAAACAUGCACCAAAGAGAGCUUAAUCUAUGAAAUCCGAGUAUAAAGCAUUUCUUUCGUUCUUCUCACUCUCACAAUGCUACAGCACUAAGCGGAGAGGUAUAUUUGAGUCUGGUAUGGCAUGGCACAUUAACAUGUAGAAUACUGAUGUUUUCUGCCUCUACAGUGUGUCCAUCUCCUCCAGCCACAGUAGCUUGUUCAUUAGCGUGUUUGCAGAGAGGGCAUGGCUGUCUACAUACAUGUGGUCUUGUUUUAGUGUCAGGGCCUCUUCAAUAAUACUGGUAACCUCUCAACUGGAUUAUAGAAAUUCUAUUCUUUGAAUAACACAACACCCAACAAAAGCACAUACUGUACAGUAGGUACAUUCAAUUCCAUCAUCCGGAUUGAAGUGAUGUUAUUGAUCAAAAAGGAUUUUCUUCAUAAACCCGCACGACUCGUUAAAAUGUCAAAUGUCUAUGUAAAAUGGAGAGAGAUCACAGAGAAAGUCCUAUCUUGUCAUUCAUUAGUCUAUGUGUGACUCAUCCUUUGUCACUUUAUCUUUCCCUCUCUCCCUCUCCCGAAAUCCCUUCUUCACCUCAACCUGCAAACUGUCAUCUGAAAUGAUAUGGGCAAAAUAAAUGACAUUCUGAAUAUAGAUCAUCUGCUGCAUCCCACACAGACAUAUGUGGAUGACAUGAUGUGUUUCCAUUGAUUGUGUGGGCCUUGCAAGUGCUGUGCAAUUGUUUCUUACACAUUUACCUGAGCUAGUACUAUUUGUUCCUCCAGCUAUCAUGCAUUAGCUACAGGAUCCAGAGAAAAAGUCAAUGUGUUUGAUUUGUUUUGAUUUCCUUUAUAAAUCCAAGGCAGGACCUAUUAUUCAAUAUAUAAUGAAAUGGUGGGUGAUUGUUACAGUUUUUCUAAAUGUGAAAUACAUAUAUGGAUACAUAUAUGUAUGCAACAAGAGUCAGAGGAGAAUAUUGUGUCGAAAUACAAAAUAUAUUGAUGCUGAAAAUAGGUUAAUGGCCAAUUCCAAUUGACAUUGUAAGGUCACAGUGUUCACUUUGCUGAGAAACAUAUAUUUGGGCACACCAAAAUUAACUAAAGAGAAGUUUAGUUAAGAGGGGAAUAUUGUGUUGAAAUACAAAAUAUAUUGAUGCUGAAAAUAGGUUAAUGGCCAAUUCCAAUUGACAUUGUAAGGUCACAGCAUUCAUUUUGCUGAGAAACAUAUAUUUGGGCACACCAAAAUUAACUAAAGAGAAGUUGUUCUUAUUCUGUUUUGUCUCCCCCCCUUCCGCCCCGUGCACGGAGACGAAACCACUGACCCCCGUCCCUUGAAUACCUAUGUAAAUGAAACGUUUCUGUGCUUCUGUGGUUUAACAUUUGUUUUGGUUUUUAACUGGGUGAAAAACAGGUGUUUCUCUGUAACACGUAUUACAAUAAAACAAAGUUUGUUUAAAAAUGA